GCGGCCCCAGCCCCAGGGCGGCGUUAUGGCCGCCGCGCGGGUGCUGCUGCUCCUGUCCGGGCGCGCGGAGUCGCCGAGCUUCGCCCAGAGUGUGUGUGGCCUCCUGGGCGCCGGGCCAGGGCUCGGGCCGUGGCCCACGCACUGCGGCUUGAAGCGAGGACGACUCGUCCUCUCGGACGGGCCAUUCCCAGGCUCCUCGGCCAGGCUUCCGCUCCAGCGACCCCCUUUCUGCCCUUUUGCGGUCCUGGACCAGCAGCUCAGGACUCCGGGGGCCGAGCUGCCCAGCAACCGAGGUGUGGAUCUGGGUGUGGCCGUCCUUCUGCAGUCCAGCGACCAGUCUGUCUUGUUAACGCGCAGGACAAGCACCCUCAGCGUUUCUCCCAACCUCUGGGUACCCCCAGGUGGGCACGUGGCACUUGAUGAAGAGCUGUUGGACGGAGGGCUGCGAGAGCUUCAGGAGGAGACUGGACUACAGCUGCCCCACGGCCAGUUCUCUUGGGUCCCUCUGGGGUUAUGGGAGUCUGCCUACCCUCCUAGGCUGAGCUGGGGUCUCCCCAGAUACCAUCACAUCAUUCUCUAUCUACUCGUGGUCUCCUGGGAGUCACAGCAGCAGCUGCAGGCCCGGAUCCAACCAAACCCGAGUGAGGUGAGCGCCUUUAUGUGGCUGGGACCAGAGAUAGCAGCUGCCGUGGCUGCUGCAGAGGAUGGGACAGAGACACCCACACAUCUUCCCCGGGACCUACCACCCUCUGUCCUUACAGUGGAACUAGGGGAGGACAAAAGAGCUCGACCCCUGGCCUUGCCCACAUCCACACUGCUGCGGACGACCCCGACCACAGCAGAAGGCAACGAGAGGGUCAGCGCUGGGACCAAGUUUGCCCUCAGGCUCUGGCUGCAGCAUCUGGGCAGGUAAGAUCCUCUGGGGACACCCCCACCACCCACCCCCACCAGGGCCUGCAAGCAAGAACGGAACCUGGGACCCCUUCCCCCACUUGCCCCAAACCAGGGAUCUGGAGAGUGAGGUGUGGAACUCCCUCCCCAACCCCCCUCCGAGAC